AAAAAUAGCCGAUCAUUGAUCGUUGAUCGGCUGUUAUUUCGAGCGCUGUUACCUAAUAUUUUAUUUAAUUGAUUUUUUAGAUCAUUCGUAUGAGUGCAAAAGCAGAGUAUAUGCGAAAAUAUAGAAAAGUUGUUAAAGAUGCAAAUAAUUGCUUUAAAUGUGAACCUCCUGUGUUAUCAAAUUCUUCAACUAAUGCAGAAAAUUUAUUCGCUUUAUCUUCUAUUGCAAAUAAUAUAACUGAUAAUUUAUUUAAUAGUGAUACCUAUAGACUUGACAUUGACAUAGUACCACCUUACAGUAGUUCCGAUGAAGAACAUUGUGAUAUAGAUGAUAUUGACAUCGACAUAGUACCACCUAAUAGCAGCUCAGACGAUGAACAUUAUUGUGAUAUAGAAGUUGUUGGCAAUAGAUCUUUUCAAUACGAUCUAGCUCAAUGGGUUGUUAAUGCAAAACUCACACGUUUAUCAUGUAAUGGUUUGCUAGCCUUGUUGAGAAAACAUGGGUGCGAGCUGCCUAAAGAUAGCCGUACUCUUUUACAAACACCUCAAGCUAUACAGGUUCAGGAAAAAUGUGGUGGAAAAUACAUUUAUUUUGGCCUUACCAAAUGUUUACAGAAUUCAAUAAAUCAAGGCACUUGCAGCAAUAUACUCAAUCUGCAAAUAAAUGUUGACGGUAUAUCAUUGUUUAGAUCAUCGAAAAGACAAUUUUGGCCGAUUCUUUCUGCUGUUAAUCAUAGUUCACCCACAAUUGUUGCCUUAUAUCAAGGAGAUAGUAAGCCAAACUGUGUUAAAGAAUUCUUAAAGGAUUUUAUUGAUGAAUAUAAAUUUUUAAAAUAAAGUGAAAUUAAGCAACAACAACAUAUUGCAAGUUUCUGAAAACCUUUUGGAUUUACGAAAAUUCAUACCAAGUGAGUUUGUUAGACGCCCUAGAUCUUUGUUGGACCUUGAUAGAUGGAAAGCCACUGAAUUCCGGCAAUUCUUAUUAUACACAGGGCCUAUUGUCUUAAAGAGAAUUUUGAAUUCUGAGCUUUACAAACAUUUUUUAACACUUUCUGUUGGUGCAUCAAUUCUACUCACACCAUCAAAUGACAGAAGAAAUAACAUGUUGAACUAUGCAAAAGAUUUGCUUAGACAUUUUGUUGAGAAUUCUCAAAAAUUAUAUGGUAAUGAUUUUGUUGUAUACAAUAUUCAUCAUUUGCUGCAUAUAGGAGAUGAUGUAGAGUUUUUUGGUUUACCACUUGAUGAGAUCAGUGCUUUUCCUUUUGAAAAUUAUCUGCAAACAUUGAAAAGAUAUGUAAGAGGCUCUUCAAAUCCUGCUGUACAAGUAGCAAAAAGAAUUCAAGAAUAUGAAAAUGCCCAUAAAUACUCUGAAAUUACAAAUGCAACAACACCGGUCUUUAAAUUGUCAACAACAUAUAGAGAUUCAUUUGCACAACUAAAAAAUGGACAAUUUGUGGAGGUAUAUGAGGUUUUAAAAGAUUCAUAUAUGUGUUAUGUGUUCAGUUUUGCUAAUUUGCAUCCAUUUUUUAUUGAGCCAUGCUCAUCUGACCUUUUAGACAUUUAUUUUGUGAACAAUACUUAUAAGCAUUCUAAAUCGAAGAAUGUGAAAUUUGCAGAAAUCGAGAAAAAGGCUAUGAAGUUUCCCUGUAAUGGUGGCUUUGUGUUAUGCCUCUUCUUCAUUCAAAAGAGUGCUAAAUUAUUUUACUAAUAAUACUAUUAUGGUUAACUUAAUCAAAGGCAACAGAAAAUUAUCCAUCGAACAAUUGAAAUAAUUUUAGUCUUGAGUUAAAUUAAAGUUGAUAAAUACAUAUUCAAAAACA